UCAUAUUACUUUUAAUUUUAACAAUUUAUUGUGCUUCGUUGUCUUUGUGUCUCUAUCAGAUAUCAAGUAUGUCCUCUGCCAACGCCAGAAGCGAUCUCCUCAGCAGUGAAGAGAAUGAGACAGUCUUUACGAUUGUGGGUCACAGAAAACAGAGCAAAGCAACGGCCGUGGUUCAGAUGUUCCAUGCUCAUCCUGACCGCUCAUCUUGGACGAAAUUCAAGACCGGAGUGCUCUGUUUCGUGAAAGACAACAACAAAAAGUCCUACUACAUUAGACUCAUAGACAUCACGGCUAAGGCUGUUGUGUACGAGCAGGAGGUGUACAACCAGUUCACCUAUAAGAAGGACCGUCCUUACUUUCACUCCUUCCCAGGAGACAAAUUCAUGGUAGGCCUGAACUUUGUCAAUGAAGGAGAGGCUACCUUGUUCCAUCAGGCUGUCAAUAAUAAGCUCCAAGAGAAACAAGAGAGAAAGCAGAGCACUUUGAGGAGGCAACCUGGUCCGCAGCCUGGUCCACAGAUGAUUGGUAAACCCACGACCAACACAGUUUCAGGAGGUGCAGACCCCUUUGCAGGAGGGACCAAGAUAAAGCCUAAGUUCAAAGGGACAGGAAAACUGUCUAAGGCUGCAAUUGGAGCACCUACUGAAUUUCGCCAUCUUUCUCAUGUGGGCUUCGACCCCACUACUGGAGCAUUCGAUAGCAGCAACAUAGAACCGAAAUGGAGGAAGCUACUGGACAAUGUAGGGAUCAGUGACGAGCAGCUGAAGGAUCAAAACACUGCAACGUUUAUAUACGACUUUGUAGAGAAGCAUGGUGGAAUCGAGGAGGCUAAUCGUCAACUGGAUCAGGCCAAGAAGAAUAGUAAAGGCCCACCCCCUCCCCCCAGUCGUGGAAACACGUCUCGGGGUGGGCGUGGACUGCCCCCUCCCCCUCCUAGAGUACGUGCCGGUCCCCCGCCUCCUCCGGGAAAAAACUCUGCACCAGCACCCCCACCACCUCCACCAAUUGGUGCUCCCGCCCCACCCCCUCCCCCACCUGUUGGAGGCGGACCCGGCGGACCCCCUAGACAAGCACGCACUUCUGCUGGUGGACCGCCUCCUCCACCGUUACGUGACAAUAAGCCCUCUCCUGUUGCCGCUCCGGCAGGUCCUGGUCGUGGUGACCUCUUGGCCAGUAUUCGAGCUGGGUUCAGCCUGAAGCCCGUGGAGGAUCAGGACGAGUUGAGUCCCGGUGGUGAUGGUGGGGAUGGCGGGCUGGACGGAAUGGCUGGGGCUCUGGCUAAAGCCCUCGCUGCUAGGCAACAGGUCAUUCAAGGAAGUGAUGAUGAGGAUGAUCGUGAGGAUGAUGAUGAUUGGGAUGACGAUGAUGAUGAGUGGGGAUCACCUUGACCAGAAACUGAUGUGAAAUUGAUUUAAAUUGAUUCAACUGUGUUUACUAUAUAGGUAGGUAGAUUCCCCACUGUUACAGUAGCCUAUUGAGGUAGUGUCGUUGAUUUGUUGUCAAAUAAUGUGAUUGACAAAACAGUAUGUUGUUGUACUUUAAAAUGAUUUCAAUUUCCUA